AUGUUCCUCCUGCAUACUGAGGCCAACAUGAGCUCUCCGUCGGUCGUCUACGAAAGCGACGGCGCUAGUGACGAGCGCCCCUCCUCACCACACGCAAAAAUCCAAGCCAACUUCCAAAUCGCUCGCCCGCCCCCGAAAUCCACCUUGCGCCUCGCGCCCAAACUCCUCUUGCAAAUCCAACAACUCGCGCCAAACCACCGACCGGUCCCAGUGCUGGGUAUCUGGCAACCACCCUUCCGCAAGUCCAAAUUAACCCGCGACUUCCCUCAGCGACCGAAGCUGCGCACCGGCGACAUCUACGCCACUCUCGACGAACCCUACAUCAUCAACUCGCACCUGCGUAAAGAAUCCACCAAAUCCGACACCCCAGAGCAGGACUCUGAAGGCACCCCGACCCGCGACAUCACAGCCGCCAUGUGCCAAUCACAAUCACAAUCACCCGACGACAGCCCGCCCUCCACAAUCCACUUCCGCGACGCGCGGUGCGGGUGGAGCGCGGCCUCCAGUCUCGCGGGACCUGAUCACGACAUCCCCGCCUACCGCUUCACCAUGCAGCUACACUCAACACAAAAUAACUCUAAAGACACCGACCUAGGACGAAUAGUCAUGCAAUGGGAGAAACGGCCCGCGCCACGAACAAAAUCAAAUCUGAACCCGCAUAAUGAAAAUGAACCGAGCAAGCAAUUCGUUCUGAUGCUGAUCGACCGGCACGCACGGCGCAAGUCGCGCAUCGCGACCAUGACGCCCGGCGGGCUGGAGGUGUUUGUGCGAAAAAGCUCCAUUCUGGAAUCCCUGCGUGUGUGCUUUAAUUUGACCAGUCCCAGUCCGGAGGUCACCAAUGGCCGCGAUCCGCAUGAUGUAUUAGAGUCGUGGUUGUAUACGCAUGUUUUGACCCUGGGGAUGUGGGUUGCUUUUCAGGAGGGGUGGCUUGGUUAG